UUUCUAAGACACUCAUCAACAAAAAAGAAAGUGAUGCCGGUACGCCACUGUAGUGUGACAUGUAAGGUGUGAUUCAUUUUUUGCAAAAAAGAAUUGUACCUCCCAUCUCUACUUAGUUCUAGCAUUCAUUGUAGAUGGCAGUUUUGUACCAAAACAAAAAUCCCUGUGUUAGAUAGAAAUGUGUGGUUAUGUUUUUGAGUUGUUUUUUUUAAUAGUGGUUUGCGAUUUUGAAUUUCAAUAUUACUGAUGUUUCCUCUCACAACAUACAGUAUACACUUUAGUUAGUAAUGAAAUACCAAUUAUUAUACCUAAUUUGUGUAUUCAUAAAAUGUUAUGUUCUUGCUGAUGAUUUUUGUUAUAGUGAUAACUCAGAAUGUGAACAAAAAAUAAACAGGUAUAUGAAAUAAAAUCUACAAAUGCAUGUUUUGCUUGAGUUUUACAUUUCUAGAUACUUGCUCUACGACGUGAAUCCUCCAGAGGGAUUCAACUUACGUUUAGAUGUUUAUAUGCGCUUAUCGAUACUCGCUCACAAAAUGUGGAGAUCAUCAAAUCCUGCUCUAAAUAGAUUCAAACUUGUUCUGCCACCUUGGUCCCAGCUUGUGCAUUGGGAAUACACGGAAACCCCCGAGUAUAUUCCUUGGGGAUAUUAUUUUGAUUUAGAAAGUCUCAAGAGAUUUGCUCCUGUUAUAGAGAUGUAUGAAUUCUUUAAUGAAUAUCCAAAUAAAUACUCGAGAGUCACUAUAGAUGAAGUGUAUACUCUACAGCAUUUUGAGGAUAUGUUUGAAACAGGCAAUUUUGAAGAUAGAAUGGAAUUAAAAAAUAAAUGUAAGGAAGACCUAUCAUUUUUCUUGUAUAGCAAUAUCACUGCCAAUAAGUAUUAUUGUCUUUCAUAUCAUGGACCAGCAACAAAACUUUCACAAUUGUUUUUGAAUACAACAGCCAGUUCAAUUCUGAUAAACCAUGCUGAGGUGUCGCUUCAUGAGCAUUUCGGCGGUAAAGUCUACUGGCAAGCAAGGAGAAGUCUGAGAUACAGUAAGGAACUUGUUGAUGUUGCCGCAAAAUUUCGAAAAGAACAUUUAGAUUCGGAUGAUGAGAAUGAUAAGACUGUUCUACCAGGAAAUUGGGAAGAUGAGAAGCCUGGUAGGAGAGCAGUCGGAGGUCCUUAUUUAGCUAUCCAUUUGAGGAGGAGAGAUUUUUUAAGAUUCAGAGUCAAGGAAUCUCCCAGUUUGAAAAGCGUAGCUGAGCAAGUAUCAACAGUUUUGAUACGAUUGAAUUUCGACACUGUUUAUGUCGCCACUGAUGCUUCCGUAAAAGAAUUCGAAAAUCUGUCCAGUUUAUUGAAAAAAUACAAAGUGAAGACGUUUACUCCAAGUGAGGCAUUCCUAUCAAAGUACAAAGAUGGAGGGGCUGCCAUUGUGGAUCAGAUAAUUUGCUCUCAUGCCAGAUACUUCAUUGGCACACACCAGAGCACUUUUACUUAUAGGAUUGAAGAGCGAAGAGAGAUCUUAGGGUUCGACGAAAGAAGUACCUUUAAUUCGUUUUGCUCGAAUGGAGGCCAGUGCCCUGAGACAAGUGUUUGGAAAAUUGUUUAUUGAAAUAAAUGUGUUCCAAUUCGUUCCGAGUCUUAUUCAUUAAACGCUAUGCUUUCCUUGCCUGUUUAU